CUUCCUAAUGGCAAAUUAUUGCUGUUAAAGUUCCAGCUGGAAAUUUCAGCAGAGAAAUUUGUUUGUCACAUCUCAUCAAAUCUUCUACGUCAAACCACAUCAUGUUGAUAAACAACAUUCUGCUGCUGGCUCUCCAGAUAAGUAUCCUAGGAAACACUCUUGGUGGGAAUGUUCUGAUAUGGCCAGUGGAAGGCAGUCAUUGGCUAAAUGUUAAGAUAAUUAUAGAUGAGUUGAUUGAAAAAGAGCAUAAUGUGACUGUCCUAGUUGCUUCUGGUGCACUUUUCAUCACGCCCACCUAUAACUCAUCUCUGACAUAUGAAGUAUAUAAGGUGGCCUUUGGCAAAGAAAAAAUAGAAGACGUGAUCAAAGGCUUUGUUUUGACAUGGAUGGAAUAUAGACCAUCUCCUUCAACCAUCUGGAAAUUCUAUCAGGAAAUAGCCAAAGUCAUUGAGGACUUCCACAUGGUGUCUCGAGAAAUCUGUGAUGGUGUUCUCAAAAACCAAAAGCUGAUGGAAAACCUGAAGAAAAGCAAAUUUGAAGUUCUGUUAUCAGACCCAGUAUUUCCUUGUGGUGAUAUAGUAGCUUUAAAACUGGGAAUUCCAUUUAUAUACUCCUUGAGGUUUUCUCCAGCAUCAACAGUGGAAAAACACUGUGGGAAGAUACCAUACCCUCCUUCCUAUGUUCCUGCUAUUUUAUCAGAACUCACCGACCAGAUGUCUUUUACUGACCGAAUAAGAAAUUUCAUAUCGUACCACCUACAGGACUACAUCUUUGAUACGCUUUGGAAAUCAUGGGAUUCCUACUAUAGUAAAGCUUUGGGAAGACCCACUACAUUAUGUGAGACUAUGGGGAAAGCAGAAAUUUGGCUAAUGCGUACAUAUUGGGAUUUUGAAUUUCCUCGUCCAUACUUACCCAAUUUUGAGUUUGUAGGAGGAUUGCAUUGUAAACCUGCCCAACCAUUACCUAAGGAAAUGGAAGAAUUUGUCCAAAGUUCAGGUGAAUAUGGUAUUGUGGUGUUUUCUCUGGGGUCAAUGGUUAAAAAUCUUACAGAAGAAAAAGCCAAUCUCAUUGCCUCAGCCCUUGCCCAGAUUCCACAGAAGAUUUUAUGGAGAUACAAAGGAAAGAAACCAGCCACAUUAGGAGCCAAUACUCGGCUCUAUGACUGGAUACCCCAGAAUGAUCUUCUUGGUCAUCCCAAAGCAAAAGCUUUUAUCACUCAUGGUGGAACCAAUGGGAUCUAUGAAGCUAUUUAUCAUGGGAUCCCUAUGGUGGGCAUCCCCAUGUUUGCUGAUCAGCCUGAUAACAUUGCUCACAUGAAGGCCAAAGGAGCGGCUGUGGAGGUGAACAUAAACACAAUGACAAGUGCAGAUUUGCUCAAUGCCUUGAGAACAGUCAUUGAUGAACCUUCUUAUAAAGAGAAUGCUAUGAGAUUAUCAAGGAUUCACCAUGAUCAACCUGUCAAGCCCCUGGAUCGAGCAGUCUUCUGGAUUGAGUUUGUCAUGCGCCACAAAGGAGCCAAACACCUUCGGCCAGCUGCACACAACCUCACCUGGUUCCAGUACCACUCUUUGGAUGUGAUUGGGUUUCUGCUGGCCUGUGUGGCAACUGCUAUAUUUUUGGUCACAAAAUGUUGUUUAUUUUCUUGUCGAAAAUUUGGUAAAACAGGAAAGAAAAAAAAAAGGGAGUAGAUCUUUCUAAGUGUGGUAAAGGCCUGAAUGGUCAGUCCUGUUUAGUUUAGCCACAAUGACCUUAAUAAAAACAUAUCAUCUUCAUCCUGUUUUCAAAAUUCCUAUGUCUCUACCGUAGCCUACAGAUAUAGCCUAGAAUUUGACAAUACCAUUAACUAGUGAGCAUGUCCCAUUCUUCCUUUGUCUUUUCUCAGGUGGCUUUAUCUUCU